AUGAACAGUGAUCACCGCGUGGACUGGUCUCCGAUGGCAAUACUCAAACGGAGUGUCGGCCGACUCAAAUGGCAGCGGUUCGAGCGGCGGCUUCUGCCGAACCUGCUCCUAGUUUUAGGCGUGUGCGUGUGCACGGUCAGCUGCAAUCGAGCGCCGGUGUUCCUGAUCGAUGACCACGCGGAGAUAGUGAUACGGCUGAAAGAACACCCGGACACACCGGUCGGGACGCUGAUCUACAGGCUGCGCGGAUACGACGCAGACGGAGACCCGCUCACGUUCGGCGUGCAGAAGAGCGGCGACAGCCACAUUAUAAGACUGAAACAGAAUACCUCCAGCGAGGCGUACGUGUAUCUGAACCACGAGCUCGACCGGGAAACGAAGGAGGAGUACACCCUGAUCCUGACCCUAACCGAUGGGCGGCUCGGUGAGGGCAACUUCGUCACGCAGAGCUUCCUGCUGCUCGUGGAGGACAUCAACGAUAACGAACCGAUUUUUAAGCCGUUCGCGUCGGUCCUGGAGGUGGCCGAGGAUAGCCCGCCGGGCAUUCUGACCACACUGGAGGCGACCGACAAGGACGAGGGUGCGUACGGCCAGGUGAUCUACUACCUCCAGGGGCUGAGCGAGGAGAACAACGUGUUCUCGGUGGCCACCGUCAACGGGAAGGGUGUCGUGCGGUUGGCACGGUCUCUCGAUUACGAACGCCAGCACUUCUAUCACAUCAACGUCCUGGCCGUGGAUCGUGCAAUACAGGGGCGAAUCAAUACGGGGACGGCCGCACUGCUCGUGCGAGUGAAGGACGUCGAGGAUCAGCCACCGGAGUUUCUGGUCACGCAACCCGUCGUCCGGAUAUCGGAGGAUGCUCUCGUCGGCUCGGAAGUAAUGCGAGUAAAAGCCGUGGAUGGGGAUCGAGGUAUCAACAAUCGGAUCGUGUACGGUAUAGCCGGCAGCAAUGCCAGCGAGCUGUUCGAGAUUGACCGACUGAAGGGCUCGGUCCGGACGAGACAGCAGCUGGACCGUGAAGACUCCGGCAAUCCCAUCAACGGAGCGUUCAUUCUGGAGAUUGUGGCCACCGAGCAGAGUGAGCUGAAGCCACCGCCUUCGGCUACGAUGGAAAUUACGGUUAUCGUGACGGACGUGAACGAUGAACUACCGCGGUUCCGGAGCGAAGCGUACCGGUGCGAAAUUGUUGAGAACGCCCAGGAGAACACGCUGGCCACGUUCGUCGAAGGCAGCCUGAACGAGGUGUUCGACUACGAUCAGGGCACGAACGGCACGUUCCGCCUGUCGCUGCAGCCUCCGAGUGACAUCUUCGAGGUCACCCCGAGCCAGGCCCUUAACGAGGCAACGUUUGGGAUUCGCGUCAAGAACCCGGCCCUGCUGGACUACGAGCGGUUGCGGGAGGUAAACCUGACGAUCGUGGCGAGCGAAGUGGAACUGGCCAGCCGUAGCAGUUCGGCUCGGGUCCGUGUGCGGGUACUCGAUCAGAAUGAUAAUUUUCCCGAGUUUUCCCAACCGAUCUACGAGAUCGAUGUGCCGGAGAAUGUCACUACCGGCACGGUGUUGGUGCAGAUUGAGGCUACCGACCGGGACUCGGGGACCUACGGUACCGAGGGCGUGCGGUACACGAAUCUGACCGGCAGCAUCUCCCAUUCGCUGCAUCUGGAUCCACGGACCGGGGUGAUAACGGUCACCUCGUUCGACGAUCACCUGUUCGAUCGGGAGAUCGUCCAGAAGCAUUACCUCUCGGUGGAGGCGCAAGAUAAUGGUGGCCGAGGGAACCGUAACACGGUCCAGCUGAUCCUGAACCUGAUCGACGUGAACGACAAUGCGCCGGUAUUUCUGCAGAAACAGUACGACGUGCGGUUGAAGGAGAACGCGUUCGAGUUUGAAUCACCGAUCGCGGUCGAAGCGAGAGACAACGACCAGGAAGGAUCACCCAACAGUGCCGUCGAGUAUCGGCUACUCGACACACGGCAUGCCGAACACUUUCAUGUGGGUCUCAAGACGGGGCGUCUCGCCAUCCGGGAGGCGGUCGACUUUGAGCAGCUCGAUGGUGUUAGCGCCACGGAAACGACCCGGGCAAUUACGCUGACGGUGGAGGCAAGCGAUCAGGGAAGUCCACCGUUGACGGCGGAGGUUACGGUCACGGUGUACGUGCAGGAUGUGAACGACCAUGCACCGGCAUUUCUGGAGUCACAGUACGCGAUCGAACUGCCGGAAGAUACGAUGAGCGGUUACCCGGUCCUGAAGGUGGUGGCCAUGGACGGUGAUGGCUCGUUUCCGAACAAUCUGGUAAGCUACCGGAUCCAGCAGGGUGCCGAUGGGAAGUUCGUGAUCGGUGCGGAAACGGGUGAGAUUUCCGUCACGAGCGGAGCUUCGCUCGAUCCGGAUCUGAUCGGUCCGGAUUCGAUGGCCAGUGGGACGUCGUACCUGUUGGAAGUGAUUGCCACUGACGGUGGCAACGGAGGUCAGCAACUGCAGGGAUCGUGCCUGGUGAACGUGACCAUCACCGAUGUGAACAACAAGCCACCGGUGUUUGCGGGCCCGACGGCCAUCUCCGUCCGGGAGAACACCCCGGUCGGGACGGAGGUUUACCGGCUGAUGGCCAACGAUCCGGACGAGGGUGCGAUGCUACGGUACUACAUCGAUCGCAGCCAGUCGGAGGGCAAAACCGAGGAGGGAGUUCCGGUGAAGCUGGACGACUACGACUUUGCGGCGGCAUUCGUCCUGGACCCGGCGAACGGGCUGCUGAAGAUCUCGAAACUGUUGGAUCGUGAGAAAAUUUCCGAAAUCAAGCUCGUCUGCAUGGUGGAAGACGUGGCCGCCGAGAGGGGUGACCAGAUAGCGAGCACCGUCCUGAGGAUAGGCAUCCUGGACGAGAACGAUAAUAACCCACGGUUCCGGAAACCAUUCUACAAAUACUCGAUCUCCGAAAACACUCAGUACGGUGUAACGGUGGGCACGGUCGUGGCCGAGGAUCCGGAUAUCAACAAAACGGUCAAGUACAAUCUCGAGGGUGAGAAGGCGGUCCUGGAACUGCUGCACGUUGACGAUCACACGGGCGAGAUAGUGGUGCGCAAUCGGAUCGACCACGAGGAGUUCGGUUGGCUAAACUUUUCCGUCCGAGCCACCGACUUUGGCAUCCCGCCGAGGGCAUCCUUCGUCGAGGUGUUUGUACAGGUGCUGGACGAGAACGAUAACAACCCGUACUUUGUCGACGGUGUCGGUGAUUUUUACGUAUCGGAGAACGCCACCAUCGGGACGGAGAUAGUGGCCAUACUCGCGAAGGAUCUCGACUCGGGGGACUUUGGACGCAUCACGUACCUGUUGGAUCGCGUCAGCUCGAAGGAAAAGUUUAGCAUCGAUCCGGAAAGCGGCGUCCUGCGUGUGGCGGGCUCGUUGGACCGGGAGGACACGGAUCGGUACAUGAUGGCGGUCGAAGCGUGGGAUAACUAUCCGUACGGUUAUCUGAACGGCGAAAGUCGGAACGCGUUCAAACACAUACUGGUCCACGUCACGGAUGAGAAUGACAACGUGCCGGUAAUCCAGAAACCAACCACCGGGUGCAGCAUGAUCACGGAGUACCACAAUGUGAAUGAGCCGAUCGCAAAACUGCGAGCGACCGAUGCCGACGAUCCCGCGACACCGAACGGGCAGAUCAGCUUCGAUAUCAACGACGUUUCGGGAAUCUUCUACAUCCAGCAGACGGCGGCACAGUCGGCAGAAAUCUAUGCCCGUGGCCCGCUGAAAAACCUGUACGGCAACUACAGUCUCGAUGUGAUCGUGAGCGACGCCGGAGCGGUGCCGAAUAGCGCCCGGGACACCAUCGAGAUAUGUGUGGCAGACUUCAACGAUCACGCGCCGGUGUUUGUGGUGCCCAGUGGCAACACGACGGUGAAGGUGUUCGAGAACACAACGGUCGGCAAGCCGUUCUUCCAGGUGCACGCCUACGACGAGGAUGUGGGCGAGAACGCCAUCGUACGGUAUCGGCUCCGGAUGGACUCAACGGGCAUCUACAAGAAGUUCAGCAUCGACCGGGAAACGGGGGAGCUCAGUGUAGCGUCACCACUCGACCGAGAAACGCAGAUGAUCUACGACCUGCGGAUCGAAGCGUACGAUCAGGGAGUACCGACACCACUCAGCAGCACCGUCGACCUGAUCGUGUACGUGCGGGAUGUGAACGAUAAUCAGCCCCAGUUUUUGCUCAAAGAAAUUAGCCUCAACUUUACCGAACACACAACACCCGGCGCGGAAAGGAUACGGCUGCCCGAUACGAUCGAUCAGGAUUACCUCGAUCCGCUUGACGGCCCACCGUCGUCCACCGUUUGCUACUACAUUGUGCAGGGCAACGAGGAUGGACACUUUGCGUUGGAUCCGAUUAAGCACGACUUGAUGGUCGAGAAGGAACUGGAUCGGGAGGUAAAGUCUCGCUUCAAGCUGCACAUCAAAGCCACGGAAGACUGUGCCAGGGGCAACCUCUCGUCGGAACCGAACGCUGGCCAUGUGGCCAGCCUGUUGAAAGCAACCGUCUACGUGAACGACAUCAACGACAACUCGCCGGUGUUUGAGUCGAAAAUAUUCACCGGCGGAAUCUCUACCUCGUUCCAGUUCGGGGCCACGAUCCUUCAGCUAAAGGCACACGACGCCGACGAUGGUCUGAAUGGGUUGGUGCGGUACCAUCGGCACAGUGACAUACGCAAAACCCUCGCCGAGGGACUCGACGAUCUCCGGAGUGAUCCGUUUCUGGUCGACGCCGACACGGGCCUGGUGGUGCUCAACUUUUUCCCCCAGAAGUCGAUGCGAGGCUAUUUCGAUUUCUCCGUCACGGCGAACGACUCGUACGGGUGCUCCGAUCGGGCCCACGUCUUCAUCUACCUCAUUCGGGAGGACCAGCGCGUGAAGUUUAUCCUCCGCCAGCGGCCGUCCGAGAUCCGCCACAACAUUCACAGCUUCCGAGAGAUUUUGGCCAACGUAAGCGGAUGCAUUGUCAACAUCGACGAUAUCCGGGUCCACGAGAAUCCGGACGGGUCGGUUGACCGCACCAAGAGCGACAUGUUUAUGCAUCUGGUCGACCAGAAGAACAACUCGGUGCUGGAUGUGCACGAGGUGCUGCACCUUUUGGAUCGGCACGUCGAAAAGCUUGACAGACUGUUUAAGGAGUUCAACGUGCUGGACACGCAAGCCUCGCAGUUGAUCCAGACGCCCGAAAUGGACGAGCUUUCGGUGAACAUAGUUUGGCUGUUUGUCACCAACAUCGUGCUCGGGGCGCUGCUCAUCGUCGUGAUCGGGCUGUCGGUGUCGCAACGACUCACGUACCGCCGACGGUUGCGGGCGGCCAAAAUUGCUGCCUACGGGACGUCCGGACCGAGCCGGAUGUACCAGGAGGUGCUCGGAGCGGUCCCGAACACCAACAAGCACAGCGUGAAGGGCAGCAACCCGAUCUGGAUCGCGACCGGCGAAACGGGACCGGCUGGCGAGGGCGGGGAGUGGCUGCGGGACGAGUUCGACAAGUGCAAGGACGCCAUCGACGCGCAGUACGAGCGUUCGCUCAGCUCCGGGUUCUUCAUCGACAACUGCCUGCAGUACGAGGUGUCGCGCAGGACCGGCGAGGCCAACAAUGCGGCCAACUAUCAGAUCACCCAGCAGAUGACGGACACGGCCGCGUACGCCCGGAACCUCGAAACGACGGAGCUGUAA